CCCAUCCGGGUGUGGGAUCCAACAUCCACGUCGUCCCUGCCCCGUAACCAAGUGUGGGAUCCAGCGUUCUAAUAACCUCCAUCCAGGUGGAGAUGCCAACCGGCCAGGUUUGGAAUCCGGACCUUCAGUCACUUAUUUUCUGCUUGCUUUUCAUUUCAGCUAGUGUACUGAACAACGGAGUCAAGAAAAACACACGCACGUGAGGAGCUUGUAAAGCAAGAAAAUAUACAUUUGUUGGAAAAAUGUCUUCAGGGAAUUUUGCGCCUUCAGUCAGUGGCUCGUUUACAGCAUUGACUCCCAGCAUGUGGCCACAGGAUACACUGACUAAAUACUCCCAGAAGAAAGACUCUGUGGAGGACUCAGAAAUCCAAUAUGACGAGUUUGGGUUUCGGAUAGACAAAGAAGAUGGAGCUGAACCAAACAGGAGAAUUGUUGGAGUCCCACUCCCUGAAGAUCCUCAGCAGCGGUUGAGAUGGCAGGCACAUCUCGAGUUCACACACAAUCACGAUGUUGGUGAUUUGACAUGGGAUAAAAUUGAUGUUCUGUUGCCACGCUCUCAGAAAUUGCGAUCCCUGGUCCUUUCAGGAAUCCCACACUCCAUGAGACCUCAGAUCUGGAUGCGGUUGUCAGGAGCUCUGCAGAAAAAGCGGAAUACAGAAACCUCGUACCGUGACAUUGCCAAAAAUAGCUCCAAUGAUGGGAGUAUUACAGCCAAACAGAUUGAGAAAGACCUACUUCGCACAAUGCCAAGUAAUGCUUGCUUCUCCAACAUAAACAGUGUUGGCAUUCCAAGAUUACGAAGAAUCCUACGUGGGCUGGCAUGGCUAUAUCCAGAAAUUGGAUACUGCCAAGGGACUGGAAUGGUUGCAGCUUGCCUGUUGUUGUUCCUGGAAGAGGAGGAUGCUUUUUGGAUGAUGUGUGCCAUUAUUGAGGACCUGGUUCCUCCUUCAUAUUUCAGCACCACAUUGCUGGGUGUACAGACAGACCAGCGAGUUCUGCGUCACUUGAUAGUACAGUACAUUCCCCGACUGGAUAAACUUCUCCAGGAGCAUGACAUUGAGCUGUCCUUGAUCACUCUGCACUGGUUUCUGACUGCAUUUGCUAGUGUUGUGCACAUCAACAUACUUCUCCGAGUCUGGGACCUAUUCUUCUGUGAGGGCUCUGUUCUCCUUUUCCAGAUCACACUGGGAAUGCUGAAAUUGAAGGAAGAAGAACUCAUCCAGUCUGAAAACUCAGCAUCCAUCUUCAACACAUUGUCAGACAUUCCAUCACAGAUUGAUGACCCAGAGAUCCUCAUUAAGGAGUCGAUGAAGCUUGCUGGGUCAUUGACAGAUGCCAUGAUUGAGAGCCAAAGGAGGAAGCAUCUGGCAUAUCUGAUCGCAGACCAGAACCAGGUCCCACAGUCAGCCAUGCCAAAUUACACAAAGAUUGUUCGACGACAGUCCCAACGCAGGAAAUCUGGACUAGGGGCCCUCCUUUUUGGUGACAAUGAAGAUGCAGAGGCAAUGAAGGCAAAAAAUAUUAAACAGACAGAGUUGGUGGCAGAUUUACGGGAAGCCAUUCUGCAAGUAGCUCGACACUUCCAAUGCCUGGACCCCAAAAAUUGCAACAUUGAGCUGACCCCAGACUACUCCAUGGAAAGCCACCAGAAAGACCAUGAAAAUUAUGUUGCUGUGUCCCGGAACCGAAGGCGUCGAGCCAAGGCCCUGUUAGAUUUUGAACGUCACGACGAUGAUGAACUGGGGUUCCGAAAAAAUGACAUCAUCACGAUUAUAUCUCAGAAGGAUGAGCAUUGUUGGGUUGGUGAGCUGAAUGGGCUGCGAGGCUGGUUUCCUGCAAAAUUUGUGGAGGUUCUGGAUGAACGAAGUAAAGAGUACUCAAUGGCUGGAGAUGAUUCAGUAACAGAAGCAGUAACAGACCUGGUCCGAGGAUCACUCUGCCCAGCACUUAAGGCAAUAUUUGAACAGGGUUUGAAGAAACCAUCAAUCCUAGGUGGUCCUUGCCAUCCUUGGCUUUUUAUUGAAGAGGCUGCUGGAAAGGAAGUGGAACGAGACUUUGACUCUGUAUAUUCUCGACUAGUGCUGUGUAAAACAUACAGGUUGGAUGAAGAUGGAAAGGUGCUGACUCCCGAGGAACUUCUGUACAGAGCUGUCCAGUCAGUGAACAUGAGUCAUGAUGCUGCACAUGCACAGAUGGAUGUAAAAUUUCGGUCACUGGUGUGUGUGGGACUUAAUGAGCAGGUUCUGCCACUAUGGCUGGAGGUUCUCUGUUCAAGUAUACAGACUGUGGAGAAAUGGUAUCAGCCAUGGUCAUUCCUCCGUAGUCCUGGCUGGGUCCAAAUCAAAUGUGAAUUGAGGGUUUUAUCCAGGUUUGCAUUCAGCCUUUCUCAGGAUUGGGAACUGCCCAUCAGGAAAGAGGACAAAGAAAAGAAGCCUCUGAAAGAUGGAGUCCAGGACAUGCUGGUGAAGCAUCAUCUCUUCAGCUGGGACAUUGAUGGUUAAAUACCUCCUCUACUCCAAUCAAAACACUCAACGCCAAAUCUCCAUGAGCAUGUGACACUGCAGGUGCCUGUUGACAUAGUGAUCCCCCAAUCAGAAUCAGUACUCUCAAAGUCCUGUGUUGCACCCUGUAAUCCUGUAAAUAUUGCCCCUCACACGCCCUGUCUCCACACCAAAAUAAACACACAGCUCUUUCAUAAUGCUCAUUGACAUGCUUGGGGGUCUUUUCUGUCCUCAUUUCAUUUGGUGAGUUGACCUGCACUGUAACCUUUCCCUCCUCCCCCUGCUAAAGGAAUCCAUCCUAUAGAAAAGUGUCUCAUCACAACCUAAUUCCAGUCAUUUUUUUGUGAAGGCAAGUUUGGGCUUUGAUACAGCUUAAAAACAAAUGUUUUGCAGAGUGUGGAAUGAACAAACCAAGUACAAGGCAGUGCCUCUCAGAACAGAAACUCCCAGCCAGUGCUGUAGACCUCUUGAUGUUCAUUACGAGGGGAGCAGUAAAUAUACUGAGCCCAGGAGACAACAAAGGACACACCCAUGUCACUCUGUCAUUCUUAGUGACAGUUCUGGGUGUGUAGAAAUGAUGAUGAACGCACUUCCCCAAUGUUCUACAUGUUCCGACAAUGUGUGACCAUUUGCAGUGCUCAGAAGUGGUUCAGUUAAUGUCAUGAAAUAUUCUAAGGUAGUUAAAAACUGCCAUAACUAUAUUGUUUCCCAUUUCUGGAUGCCUGUUUGCUUUUAAUAAUAGGGGUUGCACUCUCUCCAAUUUAGUUUGGUUGCUCAAGCAUGGGAGGGGUAAUUUUUCUAAUAAAGCAAUUAGUUGUGCAUUCUGAAGGUGUGUCCCCUGAAAUGGAUAUUCCCUGUGCCCUGAAAGAUAGACGCAAUCAGCAGGUUUUACCAGAUAGUUCAGUGCAUCCCCAUUAAUCUGCAGCUUGGGGCAGAGAUGCUGCCACUGACAGACAACAAAAGGACAACAGGCUUGUCAUUGCCCACCCAGACUCCAGAAUUUGGUCUAAACUCCAGGAUACAAUGAGUCCACAACACAGGAGAAACAAUAAAAAGGUGGAAUAACCAUCUUAUGGGUUGCAAAAAAUAUCCAAUUCCCCAAAGGAAAUUUCCACUCCUGGGCCUCAUGCGCCUUUGUUUGCCCAGUAAAAGCUGCUCACCAUUGGCAAGGACCUCAACAACUGUGAAAACAGGAACGAUCUAAAUGAGAAAUCACUUCGUGAUUAGCUGGAAAAACUAUAAAGUGAAUUUUGUGAGAACUGUCCCAUGAUUUCACUGAUUCCUGAAAACCCGUAUUAUUCCAAAACCUCUCGUUCCCAGCUGAAAAUGGUUCAGUUCAGAAUCUAGCGACAAGACAUUUGUUGGGUUGGUAUGCAGUGCAGGUCUUGUAGGAUUCAGCAGAUUCAGUAUCAUCCACAUUCCUUCUGUUAGUUUCAAUUUCCAGAUAAUUGAGCUUCUUUCUUUGUCUUCCUUGACUUUUCUUCAAUCAUUGCCCAGUCUGUGUGUAUAAACUUUUUAUCAUGUUACCUAUUUGUAAAUAAGAAAUAAAUGACUACUGGGUUACUGA